AGCUUCAGUUAUGGUGGAGAUAAGAAAUUUAUUUUUACAGCUGACACUGUUGUUGUUGUCUUGGCGAAUUGGAGCUGGUCAGGUUUUGACAAGGUCUCGUGAAGAGUUCCAGGCCGCCGCCACCGAGGCGGCAGUCGGAGCGGAGGCGAGGGUUGCCGCGGUGGAGAGCAUUAAGAGGAGCGCCUUUGAAGCAGGCGUGGACCGAGUUAGGCCAGUCGGAACAGACUUUGCUGGACCCGAACUGCUGACUACCGCUACUGCGAAUGCAAUCGGUAGGGUGGGGUUGGCCUUUGUAGAUACCGCCAGAGGCUCUAUAGGCAGGCUGGGAAUUCGUCCAGCAGACGCUGGAUUCCAGAUAACAGCCGCUAGGGUCCCACCGCCGGUGGGUCUGGUCUGCCCUUUCAUACCACCCAUCUGUGACCCGGCAGCCAAGUUCCGAACGAUAGAUGGUUCAUGUAACAAUCUUGCCAACCCCCUGUGGGGGAGAUCGCAUACGCCCUUCGAGAGAUUGCUUGACCCUAUCUACGAUGACGGCCUAAAUGAGCCCCGGGCCGCCAGAGUGUCGGGAGGACCACUGCCGAACCCGCGCCUGAUCAGUCGGGAGUUCCACGACAGCAUGUCGAAUCCCCUCGCCGGCUCAACACGCCUGCUUAUGGAGAUCGGCCAGUUCAUUAGCCACGAUACAGAGUUUCAGGCUCUCUCAAAAGGCUUCGACGAUGCCAAUUUGGAUUGCUGCGUGGACCCUAACAAGGAAGGUUGCUUCCCCAUAAUGAUUCCGCCGGAUGACCCUUUCUUCCCGCCAAUUCGAACGUGUAUCAACGUUGUCAGAGCUCUACCAACGCCCCCACUAGACUGCGCAGUCGGUGUCCGUCAGCAGUUGAACCAGAUCACCCACUACCUGGACGGCUCGGCCAUCUAUGGCUCCUCGGACGACGAGACCCAUGACCUCCGUCAUCACACUGGGGGUCUUCUCAGGACAAGCCCCAACGACCUUUUACCGCAUACGGCAGCGACCGGAACUGACUGUAUCGAGUCCCCCCCCUUUACCUGCUUCAAGGCCGGGGACGCCCGUGUGAACGAGCAGCCGGCGCUGAUAUCCAUGCACACGGUCUGGAUGCGGGAACACAACCGCCUUGCGCGCGGCCUCGCGCUCCUCAAUCCCUUCUGGGACAACGAUCGACUCUUUCAGGAGGCGCGCCGUAUCCUGGGUGCCGAGCUCCAGCACAUCACAUACAGCGAGUUUCUUCCGGAAGUACUGGGAAGCAACGUUAUGGCAAGCUUCGGGUUGAAUCCACUUUUAGACGGUUAUUUUAAUGGUUACGACCCGAGCGUGCAGCCAAUGGUACGGAGUGCGUUCGCGACGGCCGCCUACCGGUUUGGCCACAGCCUUAUCCGGCAGCGAGUGUUUGUCCACGAUGGCUUUGCCGCAGUGUCCGAUCGCCUCCUUAAAGACGAAUUCCUGAAGCCCGAGCUCGUCUAUACGCGGGGUGUUGGGAACAUAUGUCGGGGCGCCACACGUUCACAUGUGGAAAGCGUGGACAAAUCGCUCACUGACCAGAUUACAAACCGGUUGUUCGAGCGAAUUCCAGGUUUCGGCGGGGACCUAGCUGCUAUAAACAUCCAACGGGGGCGGGACUAUGGCAUCCCUGGUUACCAGGCGUACCGUCGCCUCUGUGGACUGGCCGGCGCGUUCUCACACACACCACCUGUACAGGCACAUCUUGCAUCCAUAUACAACAUGUCGCCAGAGGACAUUGACCUGUUUCCCGGUGGCGUGUCUGAAAUCCCCGUCCUCGGGGGCAAGGUUGGCCCGACCUUCGCUUGCCUCAUCGGUCGCCAGUUCCAAUCAUUGAAGAUUGGAGACAGGUUUUAUUAUGAAAACAGCGGCUUCAACGCCUUUUCCUUGGACCAACUGCAUGAAAUCAAGAAAGUUACCCUCGCUUCGCUCUUUUGUGCUAAUACAGAUAUUGGCAAAAUACAGCCGGAAGCAUUGAAACAUAUCCAACCAGGAAACCCUCUCGUCAAAUGCAAUAGCAUUCCGCAUUUAGACCUGCUUCCCUGGUGUGAACCUAUACAUGGCGGCUACUCGGCCUGGCAGUGGACGAUUUGUUUUGGGGCAUGGCGGAUCCGGUAUCGGAUUUGUAACAAUCCUCUGCCAAACGCGUGUGGAGAACCAUGUCCACUGCAGUUUGAAAUCCAAAUAGAAAUAUGUCCUUUCCGUAGCCCGGAAUUUGGACGGGGAUACGCUGGCCCUCCUGGUGUAGCCAGGAUAAGCGCAGAGGUGUUCCGACUGUCCAAGGGAAAGAAGUACGCUAUUGGCUCCCACACUAUACAUAAAGCUAUAAAAAAUGCUCUGUUUUAUUAAAAUGUAUUUCAGGUACAUGACGUACAGAUAUGGUGAACGUUUUUGUCAUACAUCGUAUUUUAAACUAUGGUAUAUAAAUAUUUCUGAAUAAACACACCAAAUUGAC